UGAUGUUUCUAAUUGCGACAGUUAAACAAUAGUUUUGUUGCAGCUUAAACGUGAUCUAACAAAAUUCUAGAUCUCAUGUAUAAUAACCAGCGAGUUGCAUCUGGAUAUGUUAUUGACGACGAUUAUUUGAGAAGAAUGGCUUAUAUGCCACCAAGCAGCACUUCGAGUUCGCGGUAUUCUCAUCCAGCGGCUAGCGUGAGCGAUCCCAUCUAUCAAACACGGGAUUCAAGUGCUUUUGAUUCCAAUGGUUUGACGCCCUCUGAAUCAGACCAAAUAAGCAGAAUAAACAAUGGCAUGAAGGGUCUAGCCAUGAAGUUGCCGUCUCGAGAUAGUUCACCUGGAUCGGUUGACGAGACUGAAGAUUUUGUAGUACUGGACGGAAGUGGGAGUCCAUCAACGGAGCAAGACGACUUUGCUAGCUGGAUAACGGGCCACUCGAGUAAGUCGCCACCAAUUGGCUGCAGCAGAGAUGAGUUAGAGUCUGUACAAGAAGAUUUGAGCGACGUCUCGGAACUGGCAGAGAGAGUGAGAAGUCAGUUGAAUGCUAAUUUAAAAUCUGCAAAUGACCAGAAUGCAGUUUUGAAACAACUCAAGGAGCAGAGCGCUUCAGUGCCAGUUGCUGCCGUGAGAAGGCAGGCGACAAGUCCACGUGGUGAAGCAAGUGGUGGUCAAGACGAUGCCACUGACUUCAGCGCACAAACAUCGGAAGAAUCUUUCAUAAAGCACAGCAUGCAUGAAGUACAGAAAAAAGACAAAGAAAUAUCGCAACUACGCAAGCAAUUGGAAAUCCACUACGAAAUGAGCAAAAACGCCAAUUCAUAUAACGGACAACUGCUGAAAUUGCAAAGUGAAAAGUCUGAAAUGCAGGCUGCGUUUGAACAGCAGGUGAAUUCAUAUGAAAACGUUGUCUCUAAAUUGAAGCUCGAUUUGACUGAUAAAGAAGAAUUAAUCGGAGAGCUUAAAAAUGAAAUUGGACUUCUGAGAACCGAGAAGCAAAACAUUGAAAAUAAAAUAAUGGCAUCUGAUGGCGAAAAUAAAAAGCUGCUCGAGGAAAUGAUUGAGCAAAAUAGGAGAACUGAGCAAGAAAACUACAGUCUAAAGGAAAAGAUUGACAAAGCUGAAGAGCAAGUUCGUGCAGGUUAUGAGGAGGCUGCAAAGAAAGAAGAGGAGUUGCAAGACGUGAGAAAACUGAGCGAAGAAAUGCAAGGAGAGAAUGAGCGCCUCAGUAAUGAGCUGGCUCAAAUGCAGAAAGAAAUGGUAGAUUGGAAGGAAAAAGCAAAGCAAGUGGAGCUAGAAAUGAAAGAGACGAAACGGAAUGCGAAGGAUUUGGAGGAAAAAGAAGAGAAUUUAAGAUCAAUUAUUUCUAAUAUGCAGCAGAGACAGCAGAGCGAGGCCAGGGACUAUGAGUCAAAGUGGGCGGGAGAGUUGAAGAAGUACAAAUCACUUGCAGAAGCGAAAGAGCGGAAAAUUGCGGAGUUGACGACAAGUCUGACGGAAGCAGUGCCGAAGCUGGACAUGCUAGCGCAACAGAAUCCGCCUUACGAACAGCUGAUGAAUUUUUGCAAGCGGGCAAAUGAAGGUAUUAAAGAAAGAGACAUGACAAUCAAACAAUACGAGGGUUUCAUUCAGACACAUGUACAAAAUUCUGGAUUUAACCAACCGAAUCCCGAAAAUGCAGCGCUGAAAUUUGAAAUCGAAAAAUUGUCGCGCGAAGCUGUAGAAUCGCAAGAGCAUGCAGAAAAGUGGUACAAAGCAAUGGUUGAAAAGGAAAAUUUGGCAGCCAAUUUGAAACAACAAGUGGAGCAGAAAAACCGGGAAGUGAAUGAGUUGCAAAAGUCGAUUGUGGAGUUGAAAGAGGAAGUGGAUUUGACGAAAGCUCAGGUGUCAGUCCACAUAGAAGAUUUCAAAGAGGAAAGAGAAAGAGCAAACCGCAUCAAGAACGAACAAGAACAGGCGAAACAAGACUGGUUGCUGAAAGAAGAAGAGCUGAAGACCGCCAUCAAAAAACUGGAGAAGGCAAAAGAGGAGGAAGACAGGUGUGCUCUGCAAAGAAACGGAACAAUCACCCGAAACAGGCAGAUCAAUGGCUAUACGACUGGGGGCACAACUGGGCGACAAAAUCCAGCCCUGAGUGAUAGAAACGGAGCCGGAAAUAGAAGAGACCCUUACGAACAACGAAGGAACGGCGGAGAUUUGAACGGUUCCGGUGCAUAUGGAGGAUAUUACGGUACCGGUGCUUAUGGAGGCGCAGAAAACAGAGGAUCUGAGAGCAACUAUCAGGUUCAAGAGAACUACUAUGAGCCUAUAGACGCAGACUAUGAUAACGUGGGCGUGAAUAAUGCCGAAAACGGAACGUUUGGUUGGGGGAGGGCACAAGAAGUGAAAGGUCAAAAACGAGGCAUGUUGGAUAGUGUGAGGGAUUCUGCAUAUGGUAUGCUAGGCUACGGAAAGGAUGGUAAUAAUGGGAAGGCUCAGAAACAGAAGCCGAGAGAAAAUCGACCUAAGUUUCAAUGUCCUCUGUGUGUUGAUGACACCAUACAGUUUCCAGAUGCAGAUGGGUUGAAUGUACACAUAAAUGAAGACCACCCUGAAUUGGGCAACUGAAAAUAAUUGGUUACUAGAAAAACUUGGUGCUGAAAUACCAACUUAUAUUAUUCAAAGUACCGAGUAAAGAACUCGCAACAUAAUCAUGUACCAGAUUGAAAGAACCUUAAAUAAUUUGGCGCUCUUCGCCUCUAGGUUAGAUUUAGAUAAAUCACCAUUUCUCUGAGUAAUGAGCUGGAUUCUCAUCUCUUUUCAUUUCGGGCCUUUUUUAAGAGUAAUGAACAUAGUGAAAACUCUUAUAUAGGUCUUGCUGAAUUUUUUU